AUGGCACCAUCAAUGUCACUUAUUAGUGUUAGUGCGAUCCUCAUAUUGAAUGCUGAGGACGGUUCGCGUGUUUUCGCCAAAUACUACAACGUCCCGCAUCACAGCGCUACGCAAUCAAAUACCUCUAAAGCCCCAGCGAUCUUCCCAGAUGUGAAAGCGCAAAUUGCGUUCGAGAAGGGCUUAUCUGAAAAGACCUCAAAACAGACAGCGGAUAUUACCCUCUAUGAAAAUCACGUCGUACUCUACAAAAGCGAGAGCGACGUGAUGAUAUACGUAGUGGGUAGCACUGAAGAGAACGAAAUUAUGCUUUACAAUGUUAUACUCGCAUUGCGAGACUCACUUCACUUAACUUUUAAGCAGUCGGUAGAUAAGCGAACGAUUAUCGAGAAUUACGACCUAGUUUCGUUGACAAUCGACGAAAUUGUAGAUGAUGGUAUAAUUUUGGAGACAGACCCAACUAUCAUAACUCAACGUGUCAGCAGAGCACCCACGCAGGAUAUUCCACAGUUAAAAGGAAUCGAUUUGAGUGAGCAAGGAAUGAAUAAUUUGGCACAGUUUGGAAAAGCAAAACUGGGAGACUGGUUAAGGCAAGGCUUGUGA